GAUUCACAUUUUUCAUUCCAAUAUGGCCGCCUUUGGUGAUUACAUUUUACUUUUAGUAUUUUAGAGUGGAGAAACUUGUAUAUUUUCUGAAUAUAUCUUGAACACAGAUUGCUAAAACAAGGUAGACAAGAAAAUUAACUACAACUGUCCGACCAUAGAAAAAGGUUGUGUCAUUUUUUGUGAAUCGAAUUGAGGUGAUAGUCUUGUCCUGGAAUUGGAAAUUUGGUAGAGCUGCUGAGAGUAGUACAUUAUCAUCAUCAUGCCACCAAACAACACUCUCGCAGUAUGGGGUAAUGAGAAGACCAUGAAUCUGAAUAAUUUGAUUUUAACCAACAUUCAGUCAUCUCCAUAUUUUAAGAUCAAUUUGUUUAAUUUAAAGACAUAUCAUGAAGUGAUAGAUGAAAUAUAUUACAAGGUACAACAUUUAGAACCAUGGGAGAAAGGUAGUAGAAAGACAGCUGGUCAAACAGGAAUGUGUGGAGGGGUACGAGGUGUUGGUGCUGGUGGUAUUGUGUCCAGUGCUUACUGUCUUUUGUAUAAACUCUAUACAUUAAAACUAACAAGAAAACAAUUAGUAGGAUUAUUAACACAUACAGAUUCACCAUAUAUCAGGGGUCUCGGCUUUAUGUAUAUUAGGUACACCCAACCACCAGCAGAUUUAUGGGAUUGGUAUGAGCCAUAUUUUGAUGAUGAUGAGGAAGUUGAUGUGAAGGCUGGUGGUGGUCAUGUUAUGUUAAUUGGAGAAAUGAUUCGUCAGUGGUUGGUCAAGUUAGAAUGGUAUGCUACACUGUUUCCUCGUAUUCCUGUACCUAUACAGAAAGAUAUAGAUGUAAAGAUUAAACAACGUUUCUCUAUCACACCACGAGCUGAACAUCGACAGGAACCAGAACAUAUACCUGAUAACAAACUCUCUUUUGGUGAAGCUGAGAGAAUGGCUAAAAGAAGAAGUCCUGAUUAUGGUAGAAGAGAAGGGGCCCGUUCCAGAUCACCCAGGCACUCAUCACCAAGGCGAAGAUCACCCAGACCUUCUCCAAGAAGAUCACCCAGACAUUCUCCUCCAAGAAGAUCACCUCCGCGUCGGUCACCACCUCGUAGAUCACCUCCGCGUCAUCAUUCACCCUCCUAUAAACAUAGAAAACAAUCUAGGCAUUCACCUGAUCAUAAUGGAGAUGAUUUUAUGCGAGAGUUAGAGCGAGAGAAAAGGCGACAAAUUAGGGAGCGCGAAAAAAGGGAGAAAAGAUCAAGAUCCCAUAGUAGAGACCAUAAGAGAUUGUGCAGCCGUGAUCAUAAAGACAGAAAACAUAGAUCUCAUUCUCGAGAUAAAAAAAAUUUGAAAUCAAAACGUCAAGAUAGAGAUACAGAGAAGCAUAAUUUGGAUAAUUGUGGUAGUAGUUCUCAUCGUAGUUCUAAACAUCGUAACGGAGCUCAUUUGUAACACUAGUUCAUGAUAACAUGUAAAUAUUUUCAUAUCAACUUAUUUUUUUUUUAAAAAUUGCAUAUGAAUUAAAAUAUGUUGCUGAGAACAUGCAACCAUAUUGAACAGUGUCUUUAUGUCAUAACUACACAAAAUAGAAAUUAAACGAAAAAUUGUUUGUAUUUUAAAUUAAUGUUGUAAAUAUAAAGUUUAGUGCCAUUUUAAAAGAAUAGGCAAUUGUUAGAUUGUUCUCAUCUUAGAAUGUUGCCUCAAAUUAUGAAAUUAAAAUGCUACUUGUGUUAACCAUACAGAUUCAAGCCACCAUGAAUUGCUUCUUGAUUUGCUAAAAGCUAGAUAAAGAUUUAGAAUGUACUAAAACAGAUUUUUGUUUAAACUAUAUUUUAUUUUUAACUGUGUUAAACCAUCACUGAUAUUUAUAGUAUAAUAAACAGUAUGUUAUUAAUGUUACAGCACAGACAAUGCAAAAUGUCAAAAAUCAUGUUAUUGGCAUAUUAAGAUAUAAAUUAUGUUCACCUUUGUAGUGCCUCUAAUCUCACACAUUCUGUGAGUAAAUUUAGUAAAAUCACAAACUGUCAUAAGUAUUUUUAUAAUGUACCAAAUUUAAGGACCAAAUCAUUUGGAUAAACACUGAAUAUUAUGUGUGGUUUAAUAAAGGUCAAGAGCCAGAUAUUAAGUAAUAUAUUGAUAUUGUGUGAAAGCAUUGGCUGAAGAGUUGUAUCAAUAUUCUAUGCAGUGUCUCCCUCUUGCCCUUAAAAUACAGACACACGUAGUACAUUUCUAUGAAAUAUCAGACACAUCUAAUAUUUUCUGCCAUCUUGUAUGGGGGGUUGGAUGGCUGAAUGGUUAGCGUGCGCGCGUUGUAUCAUAAAGUCUGUCAUUGAGUCGACUGGCGUGGUUUCGAAUCCCCGGUUGUACGUGACAAGGAGUAGUGUCGCCUGUCCAGCCUCGUGCGUUUUCUCCAGGUCCUCCAGUUUCCUCCCACUGCUAAAGACACCUACGCGCAAUCGAAUUAUUGAAAUAGAAUUAAACCAUAUGUUAGUCCCGAAAUGACCUAGUUUGUGUCGAGAGGACGUUAAACCCCAUUUCUCUCCCUCUCUCUCUCUACCAUCUUGUACAAAUAAUGUACAAUUGGCACAUUACCAGUACCAUUUUUUGUGCAUUAUUCCAAAUAACUUUCUUUAAACAGUUUUCUACUUUUUAUUAUACGCCCACAUUGAAAUGUAUUCAAUAAUUUCCAUUUAUUACGUCUAGAGCUAUGGCCCUUGUUUCACUUUGUUGAAUUUUGUGAACGCUCUAAUACCAAAAGUUAACAUCCGAUCUUUGUGAAAUUUAUAUGCAAUAUUUAAGUUAGUGAAACGAAGAAGCCUAUUGAAUUUCAGCAAUUUCCGUAUAUUACGUCCAGAGUUAUGGCCCUUGUUUCACUUUAUUGAACCAUGUGAACGCUCUAACGCCAAAAGUUAUCCGAUGUUUGUGAAAUUUAUAUGCAUUAUUUAAAUUAGUGAAAUGAAGAAGCCUAUUGAAUUUCAACAAUUUCUGUUAACUACAUCUAGAAUUAUGGCCCUUAUUUCACUUUAUUGAACCUUGUGAACGCUCUAACAUCAAAAGUUAUCUGCCGAUCUGUAUGAAAUUUGCUUGGUCAUUUAAAUUAGUAAAGAGAAGAAUCCUAUUGAAUUUCAAGAAUUUCCGUUUAUUACAUCUAGAGUUAUGGCCCUUGUUUCACUUUAUUGAUCCUUGUGAACGCUCUUACACCAAAAGUGAUCAUCCAAUCUUUCUGAAAUUUAUAUGCAUUAUUUAAAUUAGUUAUGGCCGUUGUUUCACUUUAUUGACCCUUGUGAAUGCUGUAACUCCAAAAAUUAUCACCCAAUCUUUGUGAAAUUGAUAUGCAUGAUUUAAAUUAGUGAAACGAAGACGCCUAUUGAAUUUCCGUCAAUUACUUCUAAGAGUUAUGGCCCUUGUUUCACUUUGUUGCACCAUGGGAACGCUCUAAUGAUCUGUAUGAAAUUUACAUGUGUCAUUUAAAUUAGUCAAGAGAAGAAUCCUAUUGAAUUUCAGCAAUUUCGAUUUAUUACUUCUAGAGUUAUGGCCCUUGUUUCACUUUUUUACACUUUGUGAAUGCUCUAACCUCUGAAGUUAACUGACGAUCUGUAUGAAUUUUACAUGUGUCAUUUAAAUUAGUUAAGAAAAGAAUCCUAUUGAAUUUCAGCAAUUUCUGUUUAUUACUUCUAAAGUUAUGGCCCUUGUUGCACUUUGUGAACGCUCUAACCUCUAAUGUGCCAUUUAAGUUGUGAACGCUCCAACGCCAAAAGUUAUCAACGGAUCUUUGUGAAAUUUAUAUGCAUUAUUUAAAUUAGUGAAACCACGAGGCCUAUUGAAUUUCAUCAAUUUACAAUAAUUACUUCUAGAGUUAUGGCCCUUGUUUUACUUUGUUAAACCUUGUUAAUGCUCGAUUGAUGAAAGUCAUCAUCCGAUAUGUAUGAAAUUUAUAUGCAUCAUUUAAAUUUGUGAAACAGAGGUCUAUUGAAUUUCAGCAAUUUCCGUCAAUAAUUUCUAGAGUUAUGGCGCUUGUGAACGUUUGAAUGACAAAAGUGAUCAUGUGAUCUGUAUGAAAUUUAUAUGCAUUAUUUAAAUAAGUAAAACGAAAAAGCCUGUCAAAUUUCAGCAAUUUCUGUAGAUUACUUCCAGAGUUGAGACCCUUGUUUCAGUUUGUAGAACCUUGUAAAUCCUCAAACGACAAAAUUUUAUAAUCUGAUCUGUAUGGAACUGUCUUGUAAAGGCCCCCAAUUACCUACAAAGGAAUAAAUAUGUGACAACCCUU